UCCACACACAAGUCCCAGUAGAACCGCUCAGAGGAGACAGAACCUGGGUGUGGGCGGUUCUGCUACAGGGUGAUGAUGUCAGACUGUGGACUGGAUUACAUUGAGCUGCUUCAACAGGAAGUGGACCGGACCUCCGCUAAGCUGCUUUACCUGAGGAAUGAGGAGGAGCCAGAGGAGGCCCCGCCCCCCAGGCAUACCCCACACACCUGCUCCGCCCCACGGCGGCUGGCCAUCUCCCCAGGCCUCGGAGGGAAACCCCUAACACCUCCGUUUACAGAGAACCUGAGGCGGCUGCUGUUCGGGAGGACGGUCCGCGUCUUCAACUUUGAUUGGAGGAAAUCCUUUUUUCACUUUAGAGAACCAAACUCUGAGCUGUCCUAUGCCCUGCAGGUGGACCAGGGCGGGGCUCGGGCUGUUCAGAUGGUCAUCCAGGCUCGCAUCAUCAAACAUCUGCUCUUCAGCCAGCAGGGGGGCUCAGAGGGGCGUUCGCUGCUCAGUCUGACAGAACUAGGACCACCAGAACAGCAGGGGGCGCUGGCAGCUGCUCUCUCCGACAGCCUCUGGUUGGCCGGUCAGGAGGAGAGUGCCACGGUAACCAUGGUAACAGAGGAUGACAGCCCCAAGCCCCCCUCAGAGUACAGACUGGACCUCCUGACAGAAAAGAUGCACACGUUCGUCUUCAACAGGAAAGAGGAGCUCAGUAGCUUCCUGUUGGACCACAUCCACUGUUUUCAGGAAGAAGGCGGUCAUGGCGUUGUCCUCUUUCUGUACAGUCUGGUCUGUUCCAGAACCAUCGACAGGAUCCGGGAGGAUCUGGACUCUUCCACUGCCCAUCUACUCCAGCGCAGACUGGGGAACUUUGUAUGCAGCCAGGCUUUGCUCAACCUCCUGCUGACCGGCAGAGCCACUCCUCACGUCUGCAACGGCACUCAGGCUCCUGGAGGGGGCGCUGCUCCUCUGGACCCCCCUCUGCAGGGGGUUCUGUCCCGUGGUGAUAUUGGUUACCUGCACUGGAGCCGAGAGCAGAUGGACCGGGACCGACUGCUUCAGGUGGGAAGCAUGCUGAAGACCCCCCGCUUUCCAGUGUGGCUCUGCUGCAUCAACAGCACCUACUCGGUUCUGUUCAGUCUGACCCGUUCUCUGCUGUCCGACUGGAGAACCGAACACCAGUUCCAGCUGUUCUACUACAACGGCCAGAACUCCCAGAACUCCACGGCCCGGCUGACCAUCGACACUCACUCGCACCACUGGGAGGCGCCCUCCGUGGAUCCUGGCGUGGACCUGGAGAAGAGGUUCCCUUCACUGGAGAUGACCAUCAGGACUAAGUGGGAGGGGGCCUCCAUCAACUGGGGAGGCAUCCCCCCGUUCUACUGAGCAGACCAGAUCCAGAACCAGAUCUGAGGAUCCAGGUCGGAGGAUCCAGUUCCAGAUCCAGAUCUGAGGAUCCACAGAAAGGCUGGACGGCAGACCGCCAACAGAACCUCGUCCCGUUCCGUCUGUGGUUCCUCGCCGUUUGUUUGAUCCGUCGUUUCCCUCACAUGGACUUCAUGUGUUUGGUGGAUCUGGUUUUCUUUCGGUUUGAACUCGUGUUUGGUAGACUCCUGAUCCUGUUGGGUCUGAAUGUGACUUCAGCACGAAUGAAAGUUUGUUGUUUUAGUAUUUUUGGUUUUUAUCGUGAAUGGUUCAGAUCUGUGUGAUCCAGAAUGUUGAUAUAAAUCUGCCUGACUGGAUCCAAACUGGUCUUGAGGCUCAAAAGAACCAUAGAAAUGGAACCGUCCCACAUUCAGACACAAACCAGGAGGAAGUCCGCUUCAGGGGGACUUCCUCCUGCUGCCAUAUUUGGUAAGAUGACAUCAUCAGACAGUAAAUGAGCCGAUUUAUAACCUCGUGUUUAUAUUUGAUCAUCAACUUAAAGUUCUAAAAUAAAAUUAUUAAAACGUUUUCGUUGGUACCUGUCAGAACACCACCAGGGCCCGUUUCAAGAAGCGGGUUUUGCUAAACUCUGAGUUUGUGAACUCUGAGUUGAGGAAAACUCAGAGUUUCUGGUUUCAGAAACGGAGGUAACUUAAACCUGUGAAAGUGGGUCAAACCAAACUAAAACCCAAUAGUGAGCAAUGAUCAGAAGAAUACACUUAAAACCUCAAAAAGUAGAGUUUUCCUGGUGUGGCCCUGUGAGGAUUCGUGAUCGCAUCCUCCCUAACUUGAAAGAUGACCAUGUGACAUUUUUGUUUUGUGUUCGCUCCAUUAAUUCCUCUUGGUUUUUGAGUGUCUACCAGAGGGGAGUGUUUCCAUGAAGGACCACCAGCUGAAAUAGAGAGGGUGGAUGUGGAGACCUUUUCUUCUGUUUUGUAUUGUUGUUGUGAUCAUGGGUUCAGUUUCUUAUUAGUUUUCUCAGUCACUUAUGGUUAGUUGAACGUCUCAUUUUAUCCAUUUGUUUUUACACUCACUGUUUAUAUUUAGUCAGGCACCCCCCCACUGCUAAGUUUAUGGUAUGGUCUAAAUUAUAUAUAAGUGGGUUUUUGUGAAGUUGAGGGGAAUUAUUUUUGGGCUGCCAUGUCACUCUGCCUAUGGUUGAAAUUAAAAGAAGAAUCCGAGCUCUGAAGAUGCCCGUCUCUCUGUGGUUUUUGGUUCCUCCAUCAGCUUUCCAUUCAUGCUGAGGGUCCACCUUCGGCCAACCUUCACGGGCCCCUUUCAAAUCCCCCUACAACAAAUUUUUUAUUUUCUUUAAAUGUUCCCAGUGGGGUUUUAAUUAGGACUGUGAAGUUUUUAACAAAAAUUCUACAUCCUAAUUGUUCUGUUGAUCUGAAGCCUUGACAGAUGAC